AUGCCAGCUUAUCAUUCUACAUUCUUAGUUGAUCCAAAUAAUGAUCGUAUGGUCGGUAAUUUUGCCAUCAUGCCAUUAAACACCAAAUAUAGAGGCCCUGCGUAUCCAGCUAAUUCUGAUUAUGAUAUAGUUGAUGAAUGUCUUGACUUAUUUAGAGCCAAUUCAUUUUUCAAGAAUUUUGAAAUUAAAAACCAAGCUGAUAGAGUCUUAAUAUAUGGUAUCUUAUUUAUUAAUGAAUGCUUAGCUCAUUUAAAACCAAAUACUUCAAUGAAUGAGGCUAUAAAGAUUUUAACAAACGUUGCAUUAGAUGAUUUUUCUUUACCAGGUACACCAGGUUUUCCAUUAAAUGCAGUAUAUUCUGUUCCAAUACAAGAUCAUAAUUCUAUGGAAUUGUUAAAGAGUUAUAUCCAACAAUUACGUCAAGAAUUGAGUAUGAGAUUGUUAAAUCGUCUAUAUGCUGACACUCAAGAACGCCCAUCUAAAUAUUGGUUGGGUUUCACUAGAAGAAGAUUUAUGAACAAAUCUUUAUAA